AUCUAAUAUGACUUUAACAACUAACGAAUCAAGAAAAACUUGCGUUGUUUCUGACUAGUAUCCGUAAAUAUCGAAAAGGAAAAGCAGAAAUGCCAAAUGCAGCAUUUCGAAUACGGAACUUUGUUUCCUUUUCCGACUCUAAUGUGUUUCUGUGAACUGCUGUUUGCCUUCGGCUCUUCAUUCAAAUUUUCGCCUUUGAUCGUCGUCAGACAGAAUGAAUGUUCGCUACUUCCGCAAUCCCUCAUAAAGAGCAUUGACGGAAGUUGUCUUUAAGAAUAGAGGAACUAUGGCUACAGCAGCGAGCCCGAGUCUAAUGAAGUCAGCAGAUCUGAUCAAGAAAGAGCCUUUGGAUUAUGGAGGGUUUGGGGAAGUUUACCUGUGUUACCACAAAACACUAGGCCAGGUGGUGCUGAAGACCGUCUACACCGGACCACCGCGCAAUGGCCGGCAGAAGCAGUCUCUCCUGGAUGAAGGGAGUCUGAUGAGCAGGUUAAACCAUCAGCGGGUGGUCAAGCUGCUGGGUGUUAUUCUGGAGGAUGGAGACUAUUCUUUAGUCAUGGAGCUCAUUCCUAAAGGAAACCUGCUCACCAUGCUGGAGACGGUGCAAGUUCCAAUAUCUGUGAAAGGAAGGAUCAUUCUGGAAAUCUUGGAGGGAAUGGUUUAUCUCAUGGAGAAUCAAGUCAUUCACAAAGAUCUGAAGCCGGAGAACAUCCUGGUGGACAAGAAUUUCCACAUAAAAAUUGCAGAUCUCGGUCUGGCCACGUCUCAGAUGUGGAGUAAGCUGACGAAAGAGGAAUCUCGCAGACAGAGUCAUAUGGGCAGGAAGUCGUGUGCACGUGCGGCCGGCACUCUGUGCUACAUGGCUCCUGAGCACCUGAAGAGCAUCAACACCCGCUCCACCGAGAAAUCUGACGUCUACAGCUUCGCCAUUGUCGUCUGGGUCAUCCUCACCGGCCGUGAGCCCUAUGAGAAUGCCAGAAGUGAAGAUCAGAUCUGCCACUGUGUGUGUCAGGGUGAACGUCCCGAUGAAGCGCUGAUCCCACGAGACACUCCUCAAGAAAUCAUAGAGCUCAUGAGAACAUGCUGGAAUGAAGACCCUCAGCAGCGCCCCACCUUUAAAGAUAGCUAUGGAAAGUUUUUGCCUUUUUACCAGGAGAAGCUUGCAGCAAAUGUAAAAGCAGAUUUGGAAGGUCUGAUGAGAUUGUAUGAGGGCCCAGAGGAGCUGGUAGAAAAGCUGAAGUCCCUCAGCACAGACUCUCUUCUCACUCCUGAAGAGCCUUCGCUGUUUUCCAGAGACUCUCCAGCACCUUUAAGGAGCUCAGACGUCGGUCCGGUGGAGGCCAGCAUUGAAGACCUCAGCUUCAGAACCCCCGAAGAGUCUCUCCUGGAGGUAGACGCCGCGCCUCCCAGCUCUCCACACCUGGAGCUGAAGCUGGCGCAAGAGUACAACUACCACAAAUACGGCAGUCGUAUAGUGGACCAGCCGGACGUCAGCGUUUAUAAUCCGCUCCCGCAGCAGCCGGCCAGCAGCAGGUGGCCUGGAGAUGCUUCUUCAACUGUGUCUUCUGUGAAGUCUUGGACUAAACCUGCCGCGCACUCAAGCCCAGAGGAGGAGCUCCAUCCGAGAACCGCAAGUUCGUUUGACGGUUUGCACAGGCCAGAGUUGGCGAGUCAGCUGUCAGUGCCAUAUUCUGACUACGACAGACUUCGUCCGCCUUACGAUCGCUUCAAGUCCUGUCCAGAUGGAUCUCAGACAGCAGAAUCUUUCAUGCUGGAUUCAUACCCCGGCCUACGGUUCUCACCCGUAUGUCCUCCAUCGGACUCGGGUACAGGGUGGCCUGUGACCAUCUCGAAUGCCAGUGCGAUUCAGAUCGGGAGUUACAACACAAUGAAUUUGCGAGUCUCUGAUAACAGCUCUUUAAGCUCGUUAUCCACUGGAUCCAUCAACAGAAUCAGAUAUAAUGAGCUUCUGCAGAAGUAUGAGGAGCACACGGUCACUGAGAAUCAACUGGAGGUCCUGCGUCAGAACGUGGGUGGAAACUGGAAGCAGGUGGCCCGUAAACUGGGGCUGACCGACAUAGACGUGGACACCAUCGAGCAUGACUACGACCGCGACGGCUUGGCAGAGAAGGUGCACCAGACGCUGGAGCGCUGGAAGAUGAAGGAGGGUCUGCUGGGCAUCACCGUGGGUAAACUGUGCCGUGCGCUGGAGGGCUGCAUCAAACCCAACGUCCUCCUGCAGCUGCUACUGAAGUGUCAAGACACUGCUGGAGUGCCUUGAAACGUUACCUUUUAUUUGUGUCAUAAUUACGUUAGUAUCUUCUUCGCUGGAGGUUAUCAGAUUGGGUAAAGGGGCAUUUAUACCUUCAUCAAACAGUGAAACAUUACAAAGACGUGCAGUGUUUUUGACAGCCUAACAUUCAUCACUGUUUUAUGGUGCUGGAUGUUACCACAUAAUGAUUGCAAUUUUGUGAACUAAUCGUAGCACAAAACAUCUUUCUGCCAUGUGAUGUGGGAGGGCAUUUACGUGACACUAUUUGCAACAAAAAUGGGAAACUGCUUAUGCGUUUUGAUUGAUCAUUUAUAUGAAAACAUUAUUUUGGGUGCCUGUAUUGUCAUUAUUGUGUACACUCCAGACACACAAAUUGAAAACGGUGAACAUGCAUAUCACCUGUUCAUGUAGUGUUUCUUUACAAAGUGAUAUCGCCAUCUGCUGGCCUGGAAUGCAUAAUAGUGUUUUUGGUCAUUUUUGGGGAUCGUACUGACAACUUUUUGACAACUUUUCUAAAAUGCAAAAGAAAAACUUUUAUCAAGUUCCUCCGAAGUGCCUUUUUCCUGAACUUGAUCAACUGAAUUAGUCUUUAUAUUUCAGAAUCAUUUGUCAUGAUUGUUAGAUGCUUUAUUAAUUUGUUUUCCUGUUUAGAGAUUUUUUAAAAAUUAAAUACUGGUGUGUAGAUCAGUGACAGAAGUUUACACAUCUGUGUGGGUUUUCUCUGGGCGCUCCGGUUUCCUCACAAUCCAGAGACAUACAGUUUAAGUGGCCUGGAUAUGCUGAAUUGGCCAUAAGAGUGAAUGUGUGUGUGUGCCUGGUAUUCCUUAUGUUAUGGGGACCAAGUGUUCCCACAAGUAAAUAUUGUCCUUUUGGGGACAUAUUUUAGUUCACAUGAGGAAAACAGCUUAUAAAUCAAACAGAAUGAAGCGUUUGAAAAUCUCAAAGUGCCUGUAGUUUUGUGUGAGGGGUAGGUUUAGGGGUAGGGGACAGAAAAUACAGUUUUUACGCCUAUGAAAUGAACCCAUAGUGAUAGGAAUGCCAAUGUGUGUUUCAGUGGUUUCAAUGGUUUGCAAAUCCAAUGUGUGGAUAAUUCUGUGGUGAUGAAAUGAGAUGAUGAUCAAGAUCAGUGACAAACCAAAGGAAAAAAAAAUAACCGAAAGUGUCUUUUAUUUGACAACAAACAGUGCACUUUGGCAUUGACUAAUCCAUUGGUAACAAUGGAUGCAUAGCUUUAUUGAAAUAUACAUGGAUGUUUAAGAACCUUAAAAAGUUUUGGAAUCUUUCCAUUGCACAAAAGUUUCCUUAUAGUGAAUUGUAAGCUUCUUCAGAUUAUUACAGUUCUUCACACCUUAAAAAAAAUAGUGGUUCUCUUAAGAACUGAUCACUAAAACGUUCUUUAAAGAGUCCAGAAUGGUUCUUCUAUGGCAAAAACCCUGUUGGAAGCAAAAGAUAUUUUCUCAUUUGAUGUUUUGAUGAUGAUGAUGACAGUGAUGAUGAUGUUGGAGAGAGUGUCUAACAUGUUGGUCCAAAAUUUUGAGAUCUGGUGACUGUGAUCUGUAUAAAUGGGUCACUUGUUAUCCUGGAAGAUGACAAUCCCAUUGACAGAAAUGUUUUGUCAGUGCUUCAUCAAUCAGCUUUAUAUUGGUUUGCAGGAUCCCAAACCAUGUCUGCAGAAUGCUUCUCAAUGCGUAGCAGCCACAGGAUGUGCCCCUGGAUUUUCUUUUCAUUUGUCACCCAUCUGUAUAUCUCAAAUGUUUUUAAUAUCACGUCAAUCCAACUUUUUUUAUUAAAACUACUUUUU